AUAUCAUUUCCAGAACUAUUUUUUAAAGAAUACUAGGUUUCAAAGAAAGUUAAUGGCCAGAAACACAAUUUAAAAUUUGGUGGUACAGUAAACAAAAUUAGUUUUUUUUAAAGGUCAGCUACAUAUACCAUAUAUAAAUGUAUUUACUGAAUAUUACAGUGCAACAGUAUAUUUUUUAAAGAUGAGACUCUGCAAACCUUGGUAUUAAUUUUUAUAAAAUAAUAAUGCUUUCCACAGAUUGUUAAACUUCUUGUAAAUUGGAUCACCAGCUCUCCCUUUCUUUUACACUUACUUCAUGCUGAUAUUUUCAUAUUUACAACGGUUUAAGUAAAACAGCACACAUCAGCACUGAACAUUUCCGAAAAGGCGACUUUACAAGAGCAGCACACUGCUGAGUGUUGUGUACUUUUGCACCCAAAGGAAGGAUGAGUGACUUUCUUGGCAAAACCAAUACAAUACAUUUAAAAUAUUUUUAUGCCAUGAAUUCUUAAGUUCUAUUUGUUUGCUUGAAACUUCAUGUUCUUUACAUCUAAAUUAAGUUAAAUCUGACAGCAUUUACAGGGUGAUGCCACAUCAUGUCGUCCAACCUCAACAACCAUCCGGCUAUCUUCUAUUAAUCUCUGCCUUCAACUUCUCUCUCCCUGGACUGCUCUCUUCUCAGCUCUUUCUGUCUGCUUUUUUGGCAAGCCCUUCAUUGUUGCUGCUGCUUCUUUUUUUUCUCCAUUCUAACAGAAAUAUAAAAUGCAGCCAUAAUAAUGCGUCCUACCCACAGCUGGAAACUAAGCAACAACAGCAACAUCAACCCGACUAAUUCCAUUCAGCUUCCUGGACCUGCCUGAUACUAAAAAACAUAAAAUAUAAACCAAAAACAGCAAAACCAAAGCAACUACUCUUCUCCAUUGUUGCUCCAUCUUUCACUCUGGCAUCCAUUUUGUGUGACAUCAUGUCUUGCUUCUCCUACUCAACAGUGUGGAUGAGAGACAAGUCGCGUCCCUCUGACUUCCGCCACCUCCUCUGCUUCAUUUGUCUGUUUGGAAUUUCAUUUAAUAUGUUCAACCAUCUGUCUGUUUUUUAAAUGUUUCCUAAGUGUUGUAUUUUGGAUGCACUUGACUCCACCUCUCAUCCUCUGGCUGUUCUGAAUGAUGUUUUUUUUUUUUUGUUUUGUUUUACUUGUGUAAUGUUUUUCAAGGCGGGGAUAGAUGAGUGCAGGGAAGCGAGUUUUGCACAUUCCUCCCUCUGUGAGCGGUGUGGAUAUUAGCCAAUCAGCUCCUCAGACACUGAGCUCUGUCAUCCCUGUUGAUGUCAAGACCAGCAGAUACUGAUAUCUGUCUUUCACUCAUUGUUUUACACUCUGCAAGCAACCUGGUUUUUUGAUCACUUUACUCAGUAAGACGCUCUGAGUACAUCUGCAGCUACAAAGGUGUAAAAAGCACAGCAUGUAUUUUUCAUUGGUUUUGCAUUGCCCCUUAAAAUGUUUCAUGGUUUUGUAUCUACUCUCAGAUACAUGUUGCUUUAGAUAAAAGUGUCUGCUAAAUGAAAUUGUAGAAUUGUAGGGAAGCACACUUUCCAGCUUUAUACCCUCCUUAUGUCUGCUGGAUACAUACAAAGCCAUAGCUAGCGGCAGGUUGCUUGGAAACAAGGACAUACCGCUAGAUUGACUCUGUGCUAAGGUUGCAAAAUGUUGUUUACCACAGCAUGUAGAAAGUUUUGUCUUUUAAUUCACAUAUCCAAAACACAACUGUUCCUAACCACAAAACAGUGCCAUGCAUAACCAUCUGCAACAGUGCUAUAGUAGAGUUUUAUAGGAAUCACGAAUUACAAAUUUGCCUACAUAAAAUGACCUCAGAGCUUAAUUAUAAUUCUAGCAAUAGUUUCAGGCUAUUCAAAACAAAAUUAAAUAGUUUUUAUUGAUGGUUUCAGACUGUUCAACCACUUUGCGCUUUGAUGGUAGAAUUAGUAUCAUUUUGUGAACUAACUGCAAAAUCAUUAUCAGCCUUCAUUAUUCUCUACAGGACAGUCAUACCAGUGAUACGACUGUCGUGUAGAGAAUAACUACAUUCUGAUAUAUGGAAAAUUAGUAGGUUUUUGCUUACCUCUUGCUUGCAGUGUGAAUAAACUUGGUCCAUAUAGUUAGUAGAAGGCCUAUGAGCUGUUCACUUUGGUCAAAAACAAAAAAGAAAUCUGAACUUGUUGGUGGAGAAGGCUUGUGUCUGGUGACCAGGUAAAUGAAAUUGUGUCUAAGAGGGAAAAGGUGAGGUCUUCUUGGUGCAAAACUGUUGAAUUUCAGUGCUCUUGUUACGGUGUUGAAGAAGUGAGGACACCGUUUGUGUAUCUUCACUGAUCCGUCGGCAAUGACCACUCUUUCUUGACACUGGGUUGGUUUAGAGCCAGGGGUGGGCGGGGCAUGAGUCUAUCCCUGAAGUAACAACUGCUCCUUCUGGCUGCCACUCAAACAGAAACCCUUCUGUCUUCUACCUUUUUUAUACCUCUUUGGUCUCUCCUGCAUUCUGCUGCUCUAACAACGUCCUCUGUAUGUUUUUUUCUCUUUGUGUGGCUGUGAUUGGACCAUUACAGAAGCAGAAGAACAUUGCUGGAGCGCUGGCUUUCUGGAUGGCCAAUGCCUCCGAGCUGCUCAACUUCAUCAAACAGGACCGAGAUUUGAGUCGCAUCACGCUGGACGCCCAGGACAUCCUCGCUCAUCUGGUUCAGAUGGCCUUCAAGUACCUGGUCCACUGUCUACAAGCUGAUCUGAACAACUACAUGCCUGCCUUCCUGGAUGACCCAGAAGAGCAUAAUCCACAGAGACCGAAGAUCGAGGAUGUCCUGCACACACUGACAGGAGCCAUGUCAUUACUGCGGCGGUGUCGGGUCAACGCCGCUCUGACCAUCCAGCUCUUCUCGCAACUCUUCCAUUUCAUCAACAUGUGGCUUUUCAAUAAGCUGGUGACAGAUACAGAGUCGGGGCUGUGUUGUCACUACUGGGGGGCCAUCCUCCGACAACAGCUCAGCCACAUCGAGGCCUGGGCUGAAAAACAGGGUCUGGAGCUCGCUGCGGACUGCCACCUUAGUCGAAUUGUACAGGUAAGAGGAUCUAGGAUAGGAAACAAGCAUGUGCAGUGACAUGAACAGAUUGUC